GCCGCCAAGUUUCCAAAACGGAAGGUUGUUUUGUACAUUUCCUCAAAACAGUGGUGAUAAAGAGCGAUAUGGAUGACGAGGAGAGGAAAAAGAAGUUACAGGCGGGAAAGGAGAGGUUGGCCCAAUUCCAGAAGAGGAAAGCACGAAAAAAACGAAGAAAAUCUGAUACACCGACCGCGGAGGAUGGUUGUAAUAGAGUAGACUCUACGACACUAAGUGGUACCGACUCUGCUGAUCAGUCUGUUUCCAGCGAUGUGCUGUCAUUCUCAUAUGAAGAGAGUGAUCAAGGAUCUGUUGGGAUCAGUGACUUAUCAGGUGAUGAUACGAGUAACGUUGACAUCAGCUUUGAGGCGAAGGUAGAGUUAAAACAUGCAGCGGAUGAGAUCACACAACUGGAAGAGCAGUUGUUUGGCAAACAGGCUGCCAUUGAUGACCUGAGCCAAGAGAAUGAGAAGCUGCGAGGGCAAUUGAGUAGUCAGUCCUUGAAUGGGAGCUCCACCCCAUCAGGAGACUCUGCAUUGGUGCCUGAUGUUGAAGAAGACCUCCAGAGAAAGGUCAAAGAAUACGAACUGGCACUAGCCCAACGUGAUGACGUGCUAAAACAGCUCUCUGACAGUCUCCAAACAGAGAAGCAGGGCAGGAAUUCUGUAGAGGAAGCAUACUCCGUGCAGACGGAGCAACUCACUCAGCAGAUUCAUCAACUUCAGGGUCAGAUGCAACAGGCUGGUGAGACUCUCCAAGAACAGACUGCAAAGCAAGGGCAGACUGCCAAGACAUUAUUGGGUGCAAAAACACAGAUUGUCAGUCUACAAGAAGCUCUACAUGAGAAAGACGCAACUUUGAAACUUCUGACGUCGAAAUUCACUGACAAAAUCGAAGAGUUGAUGAAUACACAGGAAGAAAAUGAACGGUUGAAGAAAAGUGAGGCGGAGGCAAAGGACGAAGUGGAAGUGUUGAAGAAAAGUGAAGCCCAGGCAAAGGCUACAGCCAGUAAAUUGCAAAAUGAACGGCAGGCUUUCGAGGAGAGUACUGAAGAGUUGGUGAAUAUGCAAAUUGAGUUUGAACUUCUGAAGAAAAGUGAAGCAGAGGUUAGAGCAGCUGCCGAGACGUUACAAAGUGAAGUGCAGAGUUUGAAAUACAGUAAUCUAGAAUUGAUGAAUGCACGAGAGCAGUUACAGAAAAGUGCUGCAGAGGCUUAUGCUACUGCCGAAAAAUUACAAGCUGAGUUAGAAACGUUACAACGGAGUAAUCAGGAUUUGUUAAACGCACAUGAACAGGUGAAACAAAGCGAAACGCUGGCUAGAGCCUCUGUUGAGACAUUGCAAUCAGAGUUGAAAUGUUUGGAACGGACACAUGAAAUGUUGACGCUGUCUUCCAAUGAACAGAUUGCUCAAAUUGACCAGUUAAGAGCUGAAUUAGAUUCGGUUUCUCGGAAAGAAAUUGUGAUACCAAUUGGGGUUGAUAAAACUUUGGAAAAGGGGGAAAGUUUGAUUGGAAAUGUUCGCUCAGAGAAAGUGCUGUCAGAUAUGAAAUUCGACUCUGGUUCUAUUGAUGUUGAUGAAGAAAAAGUUGUGCCCAUAUGGAUUCAAUCGGAAGAAUCUGCUGUUGAGCAGGAUAUUCUGUUCUCAGGUGCAGAGGGAAUGUCGUCUGCUCCGCAAUAUGUUAUAUCUGCCUCACAGGAGGUGACGUCUGCCACACAGGGUGUGACGUCUGCUUUACAGGGAGUGGUGUCUGCUUCGCAUUUAAAAUUGUCUUCCACUUCCAGUGGUCCUGAUUUGUUCAAUUUGGAAAACCUGAUGAACUCUGUAGAAACGAAAUCUCUUUCGCCUCUUGUCCAUGAAGAAGAGGUGAUUCCCGUAGAAAUUCAAUCUGAAGAGGCAUCAGUUGACCAACGUGCCCUUCUUGGUGUUGAUGCUACGACUCCUGUGGUUGCAAUGCAGGAUGACGUUUCCUUAAACAUCAAAUUGGAUGUAUCUUCACCUUCAGUUUUGGAAGAAGCAAUUAUUCCGUUAGAAAUGCAGCAGGAAGAGUCAUCGGCUGACAAAGAUAUAUUAUUUGGUGGGGAGGAGAUUACUCCUCCGUCAUCAGAACAUGGGGUCAUGUCUUCCAAUAAAGAAUCUUGCCCGAGUUUAGAUCAUGAUGACCAGGGAGAUAUAAUCCCAGUAGCAGUGCAGUAUAAUGAGGUGUCUCCAAACCAAAGUGUUCAGUUGGGUGUGAACAGCAAUCUGCCUGUAAAAACUUUAUCUGACUAUUUUUCACCUGUUCCGAAGAAUUUAGUUACAGCUCCGGAUACAGUCCCAGUGGAGAUGUCUGGUGACCAAAGUAGUCAUCAAGUGGAGGCUGGAAAAGAGCCUGAAAUUGACUUGGAUACAUAUUCGCCUUCAUCUAAUCAUGCAGCAGAGGAGAAUCUUGGAGUACUAGACGAAAUUGACAGUCCACCAAAAGACGCCCUUCAGCCAUCACUUGUUCAUGCCUUGGAAAAUGCUGAAAUAGCCUACCAAGAUGAAAUAAGAACUUUGAAAGAACAGUUGGACAUUAGUAGAAAUGAAAAAGAAACAGAGAUAAAGAGGCUUGAAACAGAGUGUAAAUCCUUGAGGGCAAAGUUUGGUGUAACUGCUGAGAAAUUUCAACAGGCGACUGGGCCUGAUAAGCAGAUUGGUCAAACGUCUGCUGAGGAGAUAUCACCCAGGGUGACUGGUGCUACAGAUAAAGCUGCUGUGGUUGGAGAGUCGAAGGCUGAAUUGGUUCAAAAGAUCGCAGCUCUUGAGGAAGAGUGUCAGUCAUUGAAGAACCAGUUAGAUUCCGCUGCUGAGGGUUCUGGUCUCUUGUCAGAUCAGAGCCGUAUUGGUGCUAGUGAUGAGGCAGCGGAAAUCAUGGAAGCGAAUGCCGAGUUGAUGAAAAUAAACGAGAUGGUUGAAAACCGGUGUUUACAAUUUGAGGAUGAUAUCGUAGCCUUGCAGGAGGAGUGUAAAGAAUUGAAAAAUCUGAAUUCAGUCCUUGAAAGUAAACAAAAGGAAUUUGAAACUCAAUGCAGGGACUUGGGGGUAAAGUAUGAGAAAGCUGCUAAAUCAGUGUCAGAUUCAGAUUUCAUUUUUAGUGAUUUUGAAGAGAGGCUUGGUGUGUUAGGAGAGAGGUGUAAACAGUUAGAAAAUGAGAAAUCCGACAUGGAGGAUAGCUACAAUGACUCGAAUGAAAAGUGCAAUACUCUUGAGACGCAGCGUCUGCAUCUUGAGGGGGCUUUGAGUGAGAUGGAGUGUCGGUCCAGGGAGUCUCAAAACCAGUGUCUUGAACUUCAAGAGAAAUGUCUCAAACUUGAAAGUGAUAGAAAUGACUUAGAUAAACUUUUGAAAGACAGUUGUUCAACCAAGGAAUUGACAGAUGAAAAUGUUCAUCAAUUGAAAGCUCGGCUGAAUGAAGCUGAGAACCGGUUAAAGGAUUUCAAAACAAAGCAUUUAGACUUGGAAAAUAGGAACAAAGAAUGUGAAACUGAAUGUAAAAAAUUGUCUGACUGUUGGAAAGACUCUGAUACAAUGCGUAGAGAGUUACAAACUCAACUAGACGAACGUGAGGGAAAGAUUCAGGAUUUGAAAGUGAGGGGUUUGGCAUUAGAGAAACAAAACCAUGAACUGGAGCAUACGUGUUCAGAUCUCAAAGAUGAACUUUCUCAGUUGUCUUCUAAAGUAUCCGAAGAACAGGAAAAGGUCAGAAAACUUGCAUAUGAUUUGGGGAUUUCGGAGGAAAGAUGUAAUGCAGUAAUUAGUGAAAAGGAUAGGGAGUCUGAGUUGUUGAGAGCUGAUCUUGCUCAAAAUAACGCCAUGGUGAUAGAGAAGGAGAUAGAAGUUGUAAAACUUGCGCAUGAUUUACAGGUUGCAAGGGAGAAUAUGAAUGGCAUAGUCAGUGAGAAGGACCGGCAAUUGGAGUCCUUAAAAGUCGAAAUAUCUCAGUUGUCUGAUAAAAUUUCUGAAAGGGAUCACUUGGUUGAAAAAACUGCUCAAGAUCUAGAGGCCGCGGAGAGCAAACAUCUUGAGGUGCUGAAAGCAAGAGAUAUUGAGGUGGGGACACUGAAGGGCGAUAUUGCAAGUAUGUCUUUAGACUUGUCUCAAAAGGUUCAGCAGACUGAACAGCUGAAUGGACACUUGAAUGACAAAGAAAGUAGAUGCAAUGUGCUCCAGGCUGAAUUGGAACAGCUCCAAAGACAGCUGGAGUCGUUGUCUCAAGAACACGAAUGGGAGGUCAGCGAGAAAAAUCAGGAGAUUGAACAUCUUAGAGAAGAAGUUGGGAAACGGUGGGAUGCCUCACGAGAAAAACAAAGUGCCAUUGAAAAGAGGGAGGUCCAGGUCAAGAGUUUGACUGAUGAAAUUGCUCACUACAAAGGGCAGUUGGAGAGACUCUUUCAGGGUCAACAGGCAGAGAUGGAAAAUCAGAAGGAAUUUGACAAGUUACUGGAGGAAUUGGGAACAUUGAAGCAGCAGGUGCAUGAUAAAGAAUGUCAAAUAUCUGAAGAUGCCGAGGUGAUUUUGCGACUGGAAAAGGAUGUUGAAAAUGAAAGAAUGAAGUUUGAGCAGAAGGUGAAAGAGGUAAAGCAGUUAGAAAUGCUGGCCACCAAGACUGAGGCAGAAAUAGAAAGAUUUUCAAAGGAGGCAGUUGUAAUGGAGCAGGCAUUGCUUGAGAGGGAGAGAAUUAUGACAGAAAGUAGGCAAAAAGUGGACAGCUUGUCCAACACGGUUACCGCAGUGGAGGCACAGUUACAAGACAGAGAGCAGAAGAUUUCAGAGGAUGCAAUCGCCAUUGAGAAUUUUGGGAGGAGUGCUGAAAUGGAGACUGUGGAGAUUGAGAUACUCCAAGCGAAGGAGUUGAACUCUCACAAGGAGGUUGAAAGGUUGGCUAAUGAGGUUCAAACUCUGCAACAACUUGUCAUGGAGAAAGAAAAGAAAAUCUCUGAAGCAACUGCUGUGAUUGAAAAGUUGGGGAAGGAUGUUGACUCUGAGAGGAAACAGAUCCUGCAAAAGUCCAAUGAAGUUCAGAAACUGUGGGAUGAAGUCCGAGCUGCUCAAUUUGCAAUACAAAACAAGGAUUUAGCCAUCGGUGGCCAUCUGCAGACCAUUGAUAUUUUGCUAAAGGAAAAGGAACAGAUGUCACAAGUUUUGAACCAGGAACAUUAUCAAAAAAAGCAGCUCUCAGAAGCUGUUGCGCAGGAGCAAAACAAGAAUCAGCAUCUUUCCAAUCUGCUUGGUCAAGAGCAGAGUCAAACCCAAGGUCACCUUUUAGAGAUUCGGUCCCUUCAGGAUCAUUUGGAUCAAAGUUUAGAAGAGAUCACUCGCGCGCAACAGGAGAUUCAGCAUUACCGGCUACAGAUUGAGAGAUUGUUAAUGGAGAACGACACUGAUAAGCUUCUUAGCACGGAGGUCGAAAAGCUUUCUGUGGAUGUGCAGGAUUACAAGGAGAAGUUGGGUGAGCUCAGAACAGGGAAGGAUGCCGUUCUCCAGGAAUUGGAGAUUGUGAAAGUUGAGAGGGACAACUUCAAGCAAAAGCUGGACCAGGUCUUAGCUGAAAAAGAGGGGUUGAGUAAUGAGCUUGGGAGUGAUGUUCGAAGCCUAAAGAAGGAGGUUGAUCAUUACCAGCAUGACAGUAGUGACCUCUUGGAACAGAUGUCCAGACUGAAUGAGGGCCAUGCACAUGAAAUCACCAUGUUGAAUGAGCAGAUACUUGGAAGGAAUGAUGAUAUUGGCAAGAUGAGGACUGCUUUGGAAGGAUGGAGCAAAGCAUACCAUGCUAUGCAGUAUAAUGCAGAACAGCUGACCAUUGCCCUACAACAGAGAGAUUCCCAUAUCAAUCAACAGGGUAAUCUAAUACUCGAACAGAGUGCUGAUAUCCAGGCAAAGGCUUCCCAAGUUGAAACAUCCGGUCAACAAGUUCAGAACUUAGAAGAAGAAAAAGAUGGGCUGGAUCGCCAAAUCAAGGACAUGAGCACCAAAAACGUAUACUUGAGCAACGAAGUUGAGAAACUUCAAACAAACAUUGAAAAUCUCUAUGUGCAGCUGGAUCGGUUUGGCAAGGAGGCUAGUUCCCCUCGAUUUCAGAUACAAGCUAACAUGUAUGAUGAGAGGAUCCAGGACUUGAUUGAUCAGGUUGUACACAAGAAUCUGUGCGUUGACGCAGCUGAACUCGAAAAGAGCAAGCUUACUGAUGAGCUCAAAGCUGAGAGGUUGAAAGUCGCGGCGAAUCAAGAAAUGGUGUCUGCACUCCUAAAGAGUACUGCUGAGCAGAAAGCACAGAUCAAACAGCUACAGGCUCAAGUUCAAGAGCUCAAGGCAGAGAAAGAAGAAGUGAAUUGUUCUCGACUUCGUUCUGAAUCGAUUGAGGCAGCUUUGAGGGCUGAGUUGGAGAAGCCGCAUGUUGAAGUGGAAGAGGUCUCUGAUGAUAGUUUGAUAUCAAAUUUGCAAGCUGAAGUCAGUAAUCUGAAACUUGACAAGCAGACGGCCAAUGCAACUUUGCAGGCACUUGAAGUUGAAAGAAACCAUCUCCGUACAGAAGUUCAGAGAUUGGGUGCUGCAUUGGAAAAACGAAAGUCCGAAGAGGAAUUGGAUGUUGUGGAAAGGAUUCAUGCCCAACAAUCAGCAACACUCCUGGAUGGUUGUUCUGCCUCCAGUGUGGAGCUGAUUGUCGAGAACAUCAUUGUUCCCUGUGAAGUUGCUCCAGCGCAGUCAGGGCGUUCAUUCAUACCUUCUGAAGACAUCGAUCCAAAGCAGUCCAUCACUUGCACUGGUGAUAUAACUGAUGGUGCUAAUGAAGAAGUGAUCCCGCCAGCAAAGCUUGCUCAUAUUGGAGCUGCUGCUCACGAGUUAGUGGCCAUUAUGGUUGAUGAAACCAUUCCUGAUACUGAUGCUAUACCAAAUGUGCCAUUCAAUGAGCAUGUCUCAGAAGAUGAUAUCAUUCCGUCUGAAGUUCCCCUGGUUGCAUCUGCCAUUGAAGAUUCACUAGCCGUAUUAAAUCAGCUGUCCUAUUCCGAAUCUGAUGCCAUAGUCAUGACACCCUCCAGAUCUGAUCCUGAACUGAUCGUUGAAGAAGCUGUAAGUUCCCCCCUUAUCAAUCCUGAAGAUAUAGAACACUCUACACCUAGGCCAAGAGUUCCAGAUCAUUUGUCAGAUUACCCGAACUACAGGAUGUUGAUUGAGAACCUCAGUUCUGAAGUAGAGAAACAGAAAAAAGAAAAGGACAAUUUGGAGAGUAUCCUUGUGAAGGAGCGCUCGGUACGAGUGGCUGAGAUGGUCACAUCGAAUGCAAAGAUUCAGCUUCUUGUGAAUGACAAUGAAGCAUACCAAGUGAACAUGGCUAUGUUGAGGGAUGUCAGUAGGACAGCUCAGAGAGAGAAGUAUGAACUGGAGAGGAGAAUCAAAGGCCUGGAGUUUGAGAAGAAAAAUGCUGUUGCUCUUCUCAAGGACCAAGGCUUGGAGGAGGAGAUGGAGUACCGCGUCUUGGCUGAAAGUAUUGGGUCUGAGUUGCAACGACUUCGUGAAGAGAAGGAGCAUAUCCUAGGAUCAACUCAAGCUACUUCUGCCUCAGAUCAAGUUGAUUCUGCUGCUGAAGGAUUUGGCCAGGAAGCAGGAUCAGAUACCCAUGAAUCAACUAUCUCAAAGUUAAAGCAGAUGCUUCGCGAGAUGAAGAAAGAGCACUCAGAUUUGAAAUCACAGCUCACUGGUUUAGAAUAUGAUAAGUGGAAUUCAGAAUCAAUACUCACUGCAGAUAUUAGAAAGGAGAAAGCAGAGAAGGAUAGGUUUAGGAUGUUGGCAAAAAGCUUGAGUUCUGAGUUGGAAAAGAGGAAGCAUGAGAGAAGCGAUUUGUCAGAGUUGUCACUUCAGGAACACGCUGGUGCCAUUGUUAUGGAAGCUGUUAACCGUGCUCAAGUAACUGUAUUAGGAGAUGAUUUGAGCAUUCACAGAGCCAAUCUGUGCCAAUUAAAGUCUGUUGUUGACCAAUGUAAAUCUGACAAUGCCGCUCUUGAAUCAAAGAUCAUUGUCCUAGAAUCUGCUUUGGAGAAUGCAGAAUCUAAGGAAAAGGUGCUUCAGGAUCUCAACCAGACUCUUCGUACAGAAUGUGACCAUCUUAAGCUGCACUUAGAUCAACUUAGUGAAAAAAGUCAGGACUAUGUGGCUGAUUUAGUCACAAAACAGACUAUUUCCUAUGCAGAGUUACAGCUGGCGAACACUGAUCUUGACGCUUACAAACUAAACUUGGCAAAACUAAAGGACUUGCUCAGCCAAUCUGAAGCUCAGAGAAGUCAACUGCAGAGAGUUGUUAAUGAGGAAAUUCGCAAACAAGAUGGAAUGACAAUUGAACAUCGGACUAGGAUGUCCUUGAUUGCAUCAGAGUCGCAGGCAGAAUUAGCAAAACUUAGAAUGGUGUUAGAGAAUCUGAGCUCUGAGCAUGAGCAGUUGAAACAGAAAUAUCAAAAUACGGAAAGUUCUGCCCAGAGAAUGGUUGCCGAGUUGAUUGCUGAGGCUGUGGUAGCUGUGUCGCAGCUGCAGUUAGAAUUGGCUGAUGUUGAUGCUUAUAAAUUGAACCUAGCGAAGCUGAAGCAAUUGCUAUCAGAUGCGGAAAAAGAAAGGAAAGUCAUGGAGAACUCGAUCACUGAGCAGAUGCAUAAGUAUGAAGGCCGAGAAUCGGAAUCGCAGAACCAAAUAGAAGGAAUAAGAAGUGAAUGUGAACAGGUGAAAGAAGAACUUGAGCAGCAGAAGGAAAAGUCCAUAGAGUAUCAGACAGACAUGCUCUUAGUUGCUGCUGAAUCGGGAGGAGAAGUUGCAAAAUUGAGAAUGUUGCUUGAGAAUCUAAGCUCUGAACAUGAGAAGUUGAAACAGCAGGCAGAACAUACAGAGAGUUCUGCCCAGAAAAUGGUUGCAGAGUUGAUUGCUGAAGCUGUUGUGGCUGUGUCAAAGUUACAGUUAGAAUUGGCUGAUGUUGAUGCAUACAAACUGAACCUAGCGAAGCUGAAGCAGUUGCUUUCAGACUCAGAAGGGGAAAAGAAAGUCUUGGAAACUUCCUUGGAGGAUCAGAUGCAGAAGUAUGAAAGCCUUGAAACAGAAUCGCAGAACCAAAUUGAGAGAUUGUGUUCGGAGUGUGGAUAUUUGACAGAACAAGUGGACCGACAGAAUGCAAAGGCGGUGGAACAACAGACAUGCAUGGCCUUAAAUGUAGCUGAAUCAGGGAGAGAAGUUGAAAAGUUGCGAAUGUUGCUCGAGAAUCUAAGCUCUGCACAUGAGGAGUUGAAACAGCAGGCAGAACAUACAGAAAGUUCUGCCCAGAAAAUGGUUGCAGAGUUGAUUGCUGAAGCGGUUGUGGCUGUGUCAAAGUUACAGUUAGAAUUGGCUGAUGUUGAUGCAUACAAACUGAACCUAGCAAAGCUGAAGCAGUUACUUUCAGACUCAGAAGGGGAGAAGAAAGUCUUGGAAACAUCCUUGGAGGAUCAGAUGCAGAAGUAUGAAAGCCUUGAAACAGAAUCGCAGAACCAAAUCGAGAGACUGUGUUCGGAGUGUGGAUAUUUGACAGAACAAGUGGACCGACAGAAUGAAAAGGCGGUGGAACAACAGACAUGCAUGGCCUUAAAUGUAGCUGAAUCAGGAAGAGAAGUUGAAAAGUUGCGAAUGUUGCUUGAGAAUCUAAGCUCUGAACAUGAGAAGUUGAAACAGCAGGCAGAACAUACAGAAAGUUCUGCCCAGAAAAUAGUUGCAGAGUUGAUUGCUGAAGCUGUUGUGGCUGUGUCGCAGUUACAGUUAGAAUUGGCUGAUGUGGACGCUUAUAAACUAAACUUGGCAAAGCUGAAACAGUUGCUGUCUAAGGCGGAGAGGGAGCGGAAGACCAUGGAGAUUACAUUAGAGGAGCAAAUGCAGAAGUUCGAGGGAACUGCUGUUGAAAAUCUGAAAACUACAGAUCAGGGAGAUUCUCCUCAACAAUCGAAUGAGUCACUGCAAGAGGGAUUGGCUACUAGCAAAGAGAGCAAAAAGACCUCAACUGAGAAUCAAUCAGUUCAAGUGGAAACAGACGAUGUGCUUACAAAGUUGAAAGAUUCUCAGGCUAAGGUUGCGUUGUUGAUGGAGGAGAACUUUGUUCUGCAGGAGGAUAUCAACAACCUUCACCAAGAGGAGAAAGAAAAGUUGGAAGGUUUACAAAGUGAGAUUGCAUCCCUUCAAGACAUGUACGCUAAGUUACAGAGUGAUUCUAAUGGCAAAGAUACAAAGAUAACUGAGUUGGAAGCAAAGCUUAGGGAUUUUGCUGAGCAGAUCUCUGAGUUGUUUAAGCAGGUAGAUGGUUAUGUUGCUGAUGCAGACAUCCUGAAUGCACAGGUCAGCAACAUUAAGUCAGAAAAAGAGGCUGCCGAGAAGGCAUACAAGGAUGAAAUAAACAAACAGCGGCAGGAACUAAAUCUUCAAAAGGAGAAAAUGCAAGAAAUUCUUGCCAAGCAUGAUGAUGUCAUUGAAUUUUUUGAACAAGAGAAGAAAAAGCUUAAAAUACAACUUGGCAAAGCUGCGAAAGAAAAAGAACGCCGAAAGGUGGAAUUAUCUGAGGCAUGUGCUGCACGGGACGAAUACGCAACAACUUUCGAUACCUUGGGUCAACAAGUGUCCAGGUUUCAAGGGGAAGUGGAGAGGCUAGAAGUUGAGAAUGAAAGCCUCAAGAACCAACUCAAAAAGUCCAAAGAAGCGAGUGCUGAUGCCAUCGAAGAUUUUGAACUAAAGAACCAAUUGCUUGAAAGUAACUGCAAUGAGUAUUUGCUGAGUUCUAACGACUUACAACAGGAGGCUGUCACUCAAAGGCUUGCCCUGGAGAAACAGGAUGAGUUGGUUGAGGAGCUGACUGAACAGUUAAAUGGGUUGAGUGGUGAAAAUGCCCGCCUUCAGGAAGAUGUAAAAAAUCUUGGUGAAGAUUUGUCUGCGAAGGAGAGGGACUUUGUUACUCUUCGGGAGGAGCUAGCUGCACAGAAACGUGAGCUUGAGAUCCGGGAAGUGCGCAAUGAGGAGUUGAUGAGUCAGUUGACGGCCGGAAAAAUUGACCGGGCAAGGUCUACGAAUGACCUUCAGGGUAUGAGAGAUAAUCUGUCAGAUAAGGAAGAGUGCUUGACUAACCUACUAGAGGAGAAUGAAGCUAUCAAAACACAACUCAGAACGUAUCAGGAUCAGGAGACUGAAACAGAUGUUCAAGCUUCAGCGGAUGAGCUUGAAAAGAAAUUAGACGAAUCAACCAAGGAGUUAGUCAAAUUGGCUGAAGAAAAAGAAGAAUUGGCUUUGGAGGUUGCUACGAUAACAGUGAGCAAGGAUGAGUAUGUAACUUCUCUUAAUACUCUGACUGAGCAGACCCAUGGGUUUAGGAAUGAAGUGGAAAGAUUAGAAAUUGAUAACAGAAAUCUCAGGAGUGUCCUUGCAAAUUCCAAGGAGGACAAUGUUCAGAAAAUCGAAGAUCUGAUAAAUAAGAACAGUGAACUUUCAGCCCAGGUCAGCAGUUUAGAAGGAACCAUUGAGAAGCUUGAACAGAACUGUAACGAAUACUUGCAGAGCUGUAAUGACUUGCAGGAAGAGAAUAUCAAUCAGAAACUUGAGAAUGAGAAAGAAAGGGAAUUGAGCAAUGAAAUGAGAGGGCUGUUGGACAAUUUGCAUGAUGUUCAGUCCCUGAACCAGACUCUUGCUACGGACUUGCAACGGGUGAAGGAGGACUUGUCUGCCAAAGAAGACGAUUUGGUUUGUCAGCAAGAGCAUGUCAAAGAACUUACACAACAGUUGCAGGAAUUGACUGGAGUUAAGGCGGAGAACCAGACUCUUGCUGCUGACUUGCAACAGUUAAAAGAAGAUUUGACAGUUAAGGAACGAGACUUGGUUUCAUUGCAUGAUCAGUUUGACAAGCUUGCUGGUAGUAUGCAAGCUAAAGCUGAACUGAGUGAGGAGGUUCUUGGUGUGCAACACCAGUUGAAUGAAUCGCAACAUGAGACUCGAGCUGUUCAGGCAGAAUUAAAGGCCGUUCAGGAACGGCUUGCAGAGUUUGAAGCUGACAAAGAGGCAUUGUUACGUUAUGUCGAUGAUUAUGAUGACAGGAUUGCAGAGUCGCAACAUUUUAAAGAGGAGAAGGAGAAGUUGACAUCGCAGGUGAAUGACUUGCUGGAGAUCUGCGACAAGUACAAACAGGAGGAUGAUGACCAUGCAGCAGACAAGCAAAACAAAGGGCAUGAAGUGGAAAGAUUGGAGGCAGACAUUGCCAGUCUGAAAGCAGAUGUUCUAACUCUUGAAGAGGAGAAGAAACGUUUCGAAGAAAAAUGUACUGAUUUAGAACGAUGGCAUCAGGUUGAACAAGUGAAGAAGCUGGGGGCCAGUGAUCUUCAGGAAGCUUAUGAAGACCUGGUCAACAAGUUGGUCGCUGUUGAAAAGGAGAAUAAAGAGUUGGAAGAAAUAGCUCACAAUUUGAAAGACUUGUGUGCUGGUUUUAAAGAUGAGAAUCUUGGAUUGAGGCAAAGUCUUGAGGAAAGUGGAGCAAGUAUUUCAAGACUUGAAGCUACUGUUCGUGAUUUUGAAAAGGAGUUUGAUCAUGCACACAAGGAGUUUGUGGUAGAGAUGGAGAAAAUGAAGGAAAAAAUGAAAGUGGAAGUGGAGAGCAUGCAAAAGGGUUACGACCAGGCUUUGGAAAAUGUCAGACGCACAAUGGAUGCUGACAAGGAAGCACUGUUAAAAAUUCAUGAAAAUGAGAUUGAGACACUUGGCAAAGAUCAUGCUGAAGAGUUGGAGAAGAUGAGAAAAGAAGUUGAAGAAAACAAGAAGGGCAGAAAAAGCUACGAGGCAAGUGUUAAGGACCUUCAAGAUCAAAAGAGCAAGAUCAUUGAAGAUUUGAUCACAUCUAGGGAAGAACUGAACACCCUGAAAUCAGCCUAUGAAAAAGAUUUGUGCAAUGCUGCAGAAAAGUAUGAGCAAGCACAACUUGAGAACAGAGCACAGCAGGACAACUAUGCUGACUUGGCAACUGUGAUAGAGAGCAUGAGGGAAAAACAUGAAGAGGACUGUAAGGCUUUGAAGAAAGACCUUGAAGGUAAAGCUGAGUCUGAGAAAUCCCACCUACGAGACCAACUCAGGAAAUACGAAAUUGAAGUCUCAAAUCUCCAUUCCGGUUUAGGGUCUGAACUCCUGCCUGAUGACAUGUAUAUCCUGAGAACUGAGCAUGAACGCUUUGUUGCAGAUCAGAAGGCCAAUUAUGAUGCAAUUGUGUUUGGCUAUGAUGCUGCCCUGACGAAUGUCAAUGAAAACCAUGCAGAGGAGUUGGCAAGAUUGAAGAUGGAGAAUGACCAAUUGAGGGCUGCACUCAAGCUGGCUUGGGCUGAAGGCAGCAUCCGAGCCGAUGAUAAAUCCAAACAAGCAGUUCCUCCAUAUGUUCUAUUUGAGCCAGAACAAGAAAUUGCAAUGGAGACCAUUGAGGAGCAAAUGUUGACUGGAGGACUGCUGGAGAAUAUUUGUCCUGAAUCCGUGGAGUUGAAGAUCAGUCCUGAAGUGGUGGGCUCUGUAUUCACUGUACCGGAUUCGGUGUCCAUGGGAGGACUCGCAUCAGCUAAUGCCGAGGCAGAGGGUUUCAUUUCAUCAGAACUAAUUGAACCUGAAAUGUCAGAGGAUGUUGCUUCCGAAGUACAGUUCUUUGUGGCAGCAUCAAAUGAGGGUCCACUUCUGGAUGGUGGUGAAGCACCAGCUAGUAUCAGUGAUCAGUUGCCAGAAGUAGCUGAGAGGAGUGUCUCUACUGAUUCUGAACAAGUUUCAGUGGUAGCAUCCUUGGAAGGGCAAGACAGGUUUAACCCAGAAGCUCUUGAGAGCUUGAUGUCUGAAUUGGUCGCCUUGGAGUUAGAGAAAAAUUGCCCAAAGUCCCCUGAAAGCAGUCUCGAGGAACAAGUCAUGGCUGAGCAGGUGUAUGCUGUUUCUAGUGCUUCACCAUACCAUGCCUUAUUAGAUGAAUCCACUGCUGACAACAGAGAGGAGCAGGGUACAGAUGCUCUUGAAGGCCAAAGUGCAUUUGCAGCAGGUGGCAUUUCAGAACAAAACAUUGGAAGUACAACUGUACCGUAUCAGGGUCCUGUUACGCAAGGAAGCCUAGUAGAAGCAGACAAGGAAUCCUCAGGUACUGAAACAACUGAUGGAGAACAUUCCGUGGAUGUUCUUUCUAUGGAUGCUCUUCCCCUUCAAGAGAAAUUGUCAGAGCUGAAGAAGAAGUUAGAAGAGUCAGACAGGUGUAUCACGGAGCUUGAGGAAAAGUUGAAGGCCAAGGAUGGAGAGACUGCAACUAAGAUUGAAGAACUUGAAAAACUUGCUACUGCCCUUGGGGUUGAUUUGCGAGAAAUGCAGGCUGAGUGUGAGCAACUGAUAGAAGAGAGGGACACCGUGAAAGUCAAAUGUGAGCAGAAUGUUAAGAAUUUACAAAACGAGCAUGAUACAGAAAUUCAGAGGUUGAAAGAUUUGGUGUACGAGCAUGACGUCAAAGAGAAGCAGUUGGAGGCUUCGAAUGCCAAACAUAUGGAGGAGUUAGAAGGGCUGAGGUUUGAGCUCAUGCAAGAGAAUGAGGAGAUUGAAGCUAUGAAGGGGAACAGCUUGGAGGAGCUGCUCAACCAGGAGAGGCAGCUGAGGGACCAGUACCAAGAAGAAUUGGAAGAAGUUCGCUUGGAGUUGAACAUCCAGAGUGAGGAACAAAAACAAGUUGUUGAAGAACUCAAUGAGGAAAUUGUGUUCCUCAAAGCCGAAAAUGAAAAACUGCAGAUGGACAUUUCUGUGAGGCGGGAGAAGAUCCGAGAGCUUGAAUGUAUGCUUGGUAAUGCUGCUGCUGAUGAAACAGGGGAUUUCAUCCCGUGGGAGGGUGAUAUGCAGGCUGGGGAAGAGUUAGCUCGAAUUCCUUCACCAAAUGCAGAAUUUGAGGGAAAAUCUAUUUUGCAAGGAGUGUUUGAGAUGGAGGGAGUCCCAGACAGCCCUGCGUCACCAUUCCCAGGUGAUGAAAUUUGGUGCCAGAAAAGUUUGCAAGAUGAGCCAGAGGAGAUCCAUUUGAUGGUCGAAGAUGUUCCUCCUGCAGAUGACCUGAAAAACCAAAUCAAAGGACUUGAAGCAAAACAUGAGUUUGAAAUGAAGCAACUCACUGAACACUUAAAGGAUAUGGCCGCAAUUGAAAAGCAGCGUCUGCGGGCCGAGAUCGAGUUGGAGUUACGCGAUGAAAAGCGCCAGUACAAGACUAACCUCGACCUUGAGCUUAAGACGCAGCUGAAGGCAAUUAGGCAAGAACAGGAGAUGAAGUUUAUCGAAGAGUUGCAGAAGUCCCGGUCAGAAAUGAUGAGGAAGCACGAUGACAAGAUUGAAGCCAUUCGGAAGAAAUUCACUGAGCAGACGUUGCAUCAAGAGUCAGUGGAGUCAACAGAUGAAUUGGAAGAAGUGGUACAGAGGCUGCAGGUUGAAAACCAGGACCUGCUGGAGACACGCCACAUCCUACUAGAGCAGUUAGACAACGCUCAUUUCCUGAAAGAAGCUCAACAAGAACAGAUAUUGAGUCUAAAUGCCGAAAAAGAAAACUUAGAAGAGAAAGUCCUCAAACUUCAGGCGCAGCUGGCAAAGUUUACAGGGGAAUCUUCCUUUGAACAAGCGGCGGAAUUAGACAAAGAUGAAUGGAGGAUUAAGUAUGAUAGGCUAUUGACUGAUCAUGAACCAUUGAAAACUAAUGUGUGGGGACAACCAGACUCAGUGGGAGCCGAGCUCAGAAUCCCGAAGUCCACUGAGCUGCAAGAGCUGUGGCAUCCACAAUCACCCAGACCAGCUGACUUCCCCAUACAGGGUGAAUCCGAGGGUGAGGGCAUAGUUAAAGCAAUUCCUGAGCAAGCCGGAGUUCCUGUAUGGGGACAGUCUGAGGAUUCAGAAGUGCUUGGGCCCAAGUCCCCUGCGUUUCCAAAGACAAGGGAGCUGCCCAUGACAGAAGAAACAAGCACAACAGUCCCAAAGAUUCCCAAACCAGUAGAGUCACUUAACAUGUCUUCACCUAUGCCCCAGAACAUGGAAGGAAACUUCUGUUUUGAAGAGGACUUGAACACAGUCAAUGAAACUUCCUUUGUUGUAAAUGAUAACGAGGGGUUGGAGGGCGGUUUUGAGAGACUUGAAGAAACUAUCCAUGAUCCUGCUUUUGGUCAGCAAGAGGAGUUGGGGUGCACCCCAAUGGAAGAUACCGGUAAGGUGGAGAAGGACUACGCUGGGAGGAGGGUGAGCAGUUCUUCUUCAACAAAACUUCAAGGGGAAUAUGUAUCGGCGAAACCUUUGGAUUCGACUGAGAGCCCAGUGGACAAUGAAGGACAGUACAUUUCUGAAAUAACGCAAACUGAAAAUGAUGCAGUUAUAGAUGGUCAGGAACAGGGCGAGUUUCUAUCUGAAAGUCCUACAGAUGUUAUAAAGAUGCGGGACAAUAUGUACAAGUACGCAAGAGAAAACGAGACACUUCGUUCCGAAAUUGAAGCCCUCUUGACAAACCGAGAUGCUCCAGUAGUUGUUGAGUUGAGGUCUGAGAUUCAAAAUCUUGAGGAAGAAAAUGAGGCACUUAGGAUACACUGUGAGAUCUUGCAGCAAAAAUAUGCUGACCUUUGUGAGGAGUUGAAAGAUUUGAAAGGGCAUGUCAAUCAAACUGACGUAGAUGCAGCAGAUGGAGGCUUUGCCAUUGAAGAUGCAGGUUAUGCUGGCUUUGUACCUGAUUCCUUGGCCUCAGUCGACGAUGAUGUAGGUUUUGUGCCUGAUGCUGGCAGUGGUUUAGUUUGUCCUGAUGAGACAGAUUUUGGCAAUAAAUCUGAGCCAGACAAGGUGAAAUCGUUCACAGAGUCUGCUGUUGAAACAGAAUUCGUGCCAGGCGAGGAAAUCCUUCAUUUGAUGGACUAUAAAAUUUUGAAGCAGAAAUACGCUGAAGUAUGUGACGAAUUGAUGCAUUUAAAGGAACAAAUGGCUCAACUGGAGCCAGAGGCAGAGUUAAAAGCAGAAAAUGCAUGUGUUGUUUCUGAUGCUGGAGACGAGUUGGUGAACCAAAGUGAGGAAAACCAGGAAUUGGUACCAAAGUUGAAUCCUGAGACAGUAGCAGCUGAGAAGGACAAAAGUGUAGAUACGGGAUAUGGGAGCUUUACACCCGAUGCAGAGGUGGUGAUAGCUGACCAAGGAGUGCAAGGAUUGAAAGCAGAUUUAUCACAAUUUGUACCUGAACAAAAAUUGUCAAAGAAUCUCAGAGGGGACAUUUUACAGUCUGUCCAGGAGCAACUGCCACUGGCACAAGUAACUGAUGCUACGAAUGGUGUGAGUGAAGAUGAAAUACGUUCCAAAGACUUGGAAGACAAACUGUGCAAAUUGCAGAACGAUUUUGAAAAGUUUACAAUAGACUCCACUCAGGCUUAUGAUGAACUUUUGAACUCCAAGGUGGAAUUGGAUGAAGUUGUCACAAGGCAGAACAAGGGCAUCUUGGAAUUGGAAGGAUUGAGGGAAAAGUGUGGGAAACUGGCUGAGGCAAAUACAGAAUUGUCUGAUGAAAUAAUCGAGAAGGAGAAAGACUUCUGUGAAAAGGUUGCGGCAUUUGAAAAGGAGAUGAACGACUUGAAGAUAAAGCUGAAAGAGUUGGAAGACACAAAUGAUGAAAUGAAGAUGAACGUGGAAGAUUUAGAGGAACAAAAUGAUGAAUUGAAGAAGCAUAGUCGUACUCUCGCAGAUGAGUUAGGUAAAGUCUGUGAUCAGAAUAUCACCCUACAGCGGGAGUUGGAUGGGUGGGCUUCACUCCAAGAGCCUGCCAAUCCAGAUCACAUCUUCUGGCCUAUCGCUGGAGAGGCAUUGGCAAUUGAUGAGAUGGAGUUGGGCCCAUCUCAUGAGAGUUCUGGUUUUGAGGGCAGUAGUAUGGAUGCCCCGGAAUCCGCUAUGAAACCCAUCAGUGAGGAGGUCGAGAUGUCUGUACCAGGGGAGCAGAUCAUCCAGGAGGAAGAGGAAGAUGAGAUCUUGCCUGUUGCUCCUGAGAAAGACAUUUCUCAGGAUGAGUUGUGCCACGAAGAGCAGAUUUUACCAGAAGCCAUACCAGUUGAAGAAGCAAUAGCUCCUGAAAUCAUUCAAUCCCAGCAAGCGGCAGCUCCGGCUCCCGGGAGAGCUGAAGAGCUGCUGUUGACUUUGACACCACAGGAAGAAAUUGAAGCCAAGCUUAGUCUACCAGAUGGCCCGGAAGAGAAACAAGGAGCCCCAGUUCUCAUGUCAACCCCACAAAAGAAUGACAGAAUUGACAGAGGUUUGCAAGAUUCUCUAGAAGUAUCCGAGUCAUUCAAUACGACUGGGCAAUCUUCUCAAAUGGAGGACACAUUUGCUACUGCCAUGACAACGCCAAGAUCAAUAGAUUCCUUCACUGGUAGGCAGAGCGUAGGUGGACAUUCGGACUCCACUGGUGAGCUACUUGGAGCCAACUGCUUCCCCGAUUUUGGCAAAUCUUUAACUGAUAAUGAAUUGAACGCAAGUUUGCAAAAGUUAUCUGACGAAUGUGAGGCGUACAGAACCAAACAAAAAGGAUUGGAAGAGCACGUGUCCAGGUCCAGCACACCUGUGCAAGAGUUGUUACAAGAACCACAAACAGAGGGCACCAGAUUAUUUCAGGAGGAGAUUGCAACUCUUAAAGAUGAAAAGGUUGAGCUAAAAAGCUUGAAUGAUGGACUUCGAGAUGUCACAGACCAGUUGAGGAGGAAAAUCGCCCAGCUGUUGAAGAAAAAUGAUGACAUGGAGAUUAAGAAUAUGAACUUGGAAGUUGAGUGUGAGGCGUUGAGGACUAGGGUGAACGAAAUGGAGAUAGAAUUGGACAGAUAUUUCAAAAACAAUGAUAAAUUAACGAAGAAGAACAAAGACUUAUCUUUGAAGUGUAAUCGUUUGGAAACGCUAUUAGCUGACAGGCUGAGCGAAAUGAAAAAGCCCAAGGUUCGAGAUGCUGUUACGACGCGCCGAGGCAUGUUCUUGACCUCGAAGAGUCCUAGUAAUGUUAUUGACGAUGUCGCUCUUCUUGAGAAAGAACAACUCAAUGAAACCCACUCACCGUCUCGAGGGCACAGUCGCAAGAAAGAGCAACAUGACGAACCUUCUUCAUCAACCCAGAAACAGGGUCCAAAGCGAAAACCAAGGGCUGGAGUUAGCCAAGAAGAUAGACUUGAAGAACCAAUUCCUUCAAGUACCAAACAUCAUGACGGCUUUGAAAAACCAAUCGCCCAAAAGCUACCGGUCGAUGAAGGUGACAAGCUGCAAUUAACUCAGCGGUGGGUUUCAGAGCAUAGCUUAAACUCUCCUACAGAUGAGCAGGAGAUCACGAUUCCUUUGGGAGCGGGACAAGAGACUGCCGUCAGUCGGUUAGAUGUUGCCCAGGACAAAUAUCAAAAGGAUAUGACCAGAUUAGAAGAUGAUCUCAAACAACUGGAGGAUAGACUUUCUAGUAGUGAUCUUGAUAAGAGGUCGACACCUAAUGAUGAACAGAAUACUACAGCAGGACCUUCCCGAUUUUAUGAUGAAUUGAGAGAAUUGCGGAGGGUCAUGCAGGAGACCAAGGAAGUCUAUGAUCAUGAGAAUUCACAGCUCAAAGCAGCAUUGGAUCAUGAGAGGUUCAGUCAUUUGUCUGACAUGACACAAUCUGGGGUUGGAGGUCACACCCCCCAACAGAUGCUCUCUCCACGAAGUAAUUUGUCGCGUCAUGACACAAGGCCUUAUUACAACCAUCCAGUAGAUUAUUUAGCGCUGCACGAAAAGGUCGCAAUGUUGCAGAACAGUAACCAAGAUUUGAUUGGUCAGUUGGAUGACCAAUCCCGGCGGCUGCACGAGCAAGAAAAAAUAGUUCAAGAUCUAAAGAAUCAUCUUGACACGUCGGAUAUUGUGACGUCAGAAGUGCAACAGGUGUUCACGCAUCAGUUGGCCAUGCUACAGACACAGCGAGACUUCCUCGAGAAGAAAAUCAAGGAGCAGCGAGGAAAGGAUACAGAGUUGGCAGACGUCUUGGGUGAUAAAUUGAUACUUGAGGAGACCCUACGACGAGAGAAGGAAUUAUUACGUCACAUUAUCCAUGAGAAAGAGGUGCAGGAGGUUGAGUUGAUGCGGUCGAAAUUAGUUGUGGAAGAGAAGGAAAGAGGGCAUCGGCGUCUGCAGUAUCUUCUGAAGGAGAAGGACAAAUUGGAGGCUGAUUUACUCCAGCAGAAGCAGACACUACAGGAUGAGUUGAAUAGUAUUGAAGGCAGCUUGAUCAGCCGCUCGGGGAGAAAUCGACAAGAGAGAGACCAGGCCUUGAAUGAUUGGCAGGCCCCGAAAGGUCCUCAUUACCGGACAUCAACGCCAUCGAAGGCACCAGUAUCCUUAGACAGUACGAUUCAGAGUCAGAGUGCAUUGGGUGGUGUUGUUCACAGUGCUGCUGGUGAUUUUGAUUAUCAGCAUAGUGUCCUGUCAGUGGACAGUACCAGGUCUGAUCAGGAACACGUUCGUCGCCUGCGAAGGUUACGGAUGGAGUCUGAACUAUGCAGUGAGCGUGCAGUUGAGAGACUAAAAUCACGCUAUGACGCUGUCCGUUUGAAUAAGGAACAUUCUACUAAUGUGCUACAGUGGCGAAAUUUGCGGCGACCACACAACACAUAUUCAUCGUUUUAGAUAGACCACUGAAUGGAGAGUAGAUUUUCGUGGGUAAACCCCAUGUUUUCAAGUGGGAAGUGGUUCAUUUUGGCUCCAAAAGGUAUCAUUUAUAUUUUCAUUUUGGAAUCUUAACAAAUGAUGGAGACAUUUCUCGUGUAAUUUUAGUAUUAAGAAUUUGUCAAGAUGGGCAGUUGGGUUUCGGUUCGUUAUUUCCAUGGUUUGACAUGGGACAGUGGUCCUUUAAUUUUUGUUGGUGGUGUUAAAUUCGGGAAGGAAAUGGACAUAUUGUGAGGAAAUAUAAAUUAUUUGUUCUUUCCAACACUUUCUUAGGCUGGGAUACAUCUUGCUUUAAACCUUAGAAAAUAUCUAUGCAUUUUCAGUAUUACUAUUAGCUACUUGUGUUCUAGGUCGGGUGUGUAACUGUAAAUAGGGUGGGGUUAUUACAUCUUCUUUAUCAAGGGGUCUGGUCACAUAUCGCAUCUUGAUCUCUGUUCGAGCAGAUCAACGAUUUCUAGGUUUUCUAAAUUGUAAUGUGGUGCCAUCUAAUGGCAGGUUUUGGACUUAUAAAGUCAAUCAUGUCAAUAUUGACAUAUCAUUACCAAGUUGAAGUUCGCUACUUGUUCUCGAUUCUACUUCUGAUCCUCAGCCACUUCCCGAUCCUCAAAGAGUUAAUGCCUUUGAGUUGUCAGAUGUAUAAUACUAUAAAUACGGUACCAAGUUUGAGCAAAUUUGCCUGCAUUAUAACUGCCCUUCGGCACUGUGUAUUUCCACUGUCCUGGCCAGCAGUAAAUACAAACAGUGUGCCCCUUGAAUGUUUUCGGGAAAAUGAAGGAGAAUUACAUCAUCUCUGUGGUAGUAUUGUAACCUAGCUUCAAGAAAGGCCCGCGGACAAAAUACCAAUAUUUAGUUCUAUGCAAUUUCUGGAAUAUGCUAUAUGUAGUGAUGAUUUCGAGUUGCAAUGUAAAUUAUGGAGAAGCGUGUAUGUUAUUUGAUGAAUAUUUAUUGUUGCCGAGAAAAGAUGUUUCUUUAAGUUUGUGGACCAAUAUGGAGUCCUAGUCAACACAGGGUGUCUGAAAAAGUUGCUGGAAGACAGGUUGAUGUUGGUCAAUUGUACCUCCUUUAAUUUUGUAUCUAUUCUGGAGCAUUUCAUCUAAAUAAUUACAUUAUCAUAUAAAACUUUUGUCGUAUUUUCUUUGGUAUGAAUGGGUUACAUGUAUGCGUGUGUCUAAUUUUCCAUGCUGAAGUGCUCAAUGUCUUUGACGGCUACUAUUUUGGGACUCCCUGUGUUGGCUGUGUAUCCUGCAUAAUGAUUGACAUGACUGCAACGGGAAGAAUCUGUAUUUUGGCAGUAUUGAGCAAGA